AUGUUGUCUGCAGUUAGUCGAAGAAUGUCGCAAGUGGCUGCUCUGGCGCAACGCUUGGUAUGGAUUGAUUGUGAAAUGACAGGACUGGACCUACGAAAAACAGACGUGGUAGCUGAAGGACCGGAUAUCGUAAUACAUCAACCUGAAUCUGUCCUUCGAAAUAUGGAGGAGUGGCCAAGAGAAACCUUUACACAAAAUGGUCUUCUCAAGAAAAUACGCGAAAGUACUAUAAGCUUGCGCGAAGCAGAAGAUAUGGUGAGACACUGA